AUGAGGAUUCGAUUGGUUGCUGAAAGUAGUAGGUGGCAUGUUGUGUUUUUUGGAGAUGCUCACAAUCAUGCUAUGUUAGAGGGAAAGCAAUCAUCCAUGUUGCCAGCACACCGGCACUUAAAAGAUGGUGAUAUAGCUGGUCUGAACAGUAUGAGACAAGCCGGAAUUAGCACCCAUGACAUAUACAAUCUAAUGGCUGACCAAUCUGGAGGAUAUGAAAAAAUCAAUGCACUGAAAGUUGACAUGUUUAAUCAAAUGACGAAGCAGAAACAAAAGGAGCAGUGUGAUGCGAAAGCUGUUUUAGUAUACCUUAAGGGACUUGCUUCGGGUGAUGCUGGAAUGUUUUGGUCACACCAUGCGGAUGAAGAUGGUAAUUUAAAACAAGUGUUUUGGGCUGAUGGGAUUAGUAGAAUGGAUUUUCAGGUGUUUGGUGAAGUUCUUGCUUUUGACGCAACAUACCGGAAGAACCGGUACGGGUGUCCCAUAGUUGUUCUAGUUGGAGUUAACCAUCACUGUCAGACAAUUGUAUUUGGCACAGCAGUUUUGACUAAUGAGAAAGAGGAAAGCUAUGUGUGGGUUUUGGAGCAGUUUUUGGCAGCAAUGAAGGGGAAACAACCAGCGGCAGUUAUAACUGAUGGGGCUCCCGCCAUGUGGAACGCUAUCACUCGUUUACUACCCAAAGCUCAUCACCGACUGUGUGCUUGGCACCUUUUACAAAAUGCUCAAAGAAAUGUGGGUGAUUCGAAUUUCGUGAAAGGCUUUAAAAGCUGCAUGCUGGGUAACUAUACUGUUGCACACUUCAAAAAAAAAUGGUUUCAAUUGGUUAGUGAUUUAAAUCUUGAAGACAAUCCAUGGGUUCAAGGAUUGUAUGAGAAGAGGCACAUGUGGGCUACUUGUAUGAUGCGGGGGAAGUUCUUUGCCGGUUUUCGCACUACUUCACGGUGUGAAGGUAUGCAUUCUCAAAUUGGUCGGAUUGUGCGUUCCAGAAAUAGCUUACUUGAGUUUGUUCAAUACUUUGAACGUUACGUGAACUACAUGAGAUGGAGAGAGGUUGAUGCAGACUAUAAGUCUGUGGUAGGAGAUGCUGUUCCAAAGACCAACGUGCGUGCCCUUGAACUAUGUGCUGCAAAUCUUUACACAAGGACGGUAUUCUUAAAGUUUCGCUCAUGGCUCAGUAGUGGAAGCCUAGUGAAGGUUGCUGGCAUGAAGGAUACCUCCUCAUGUAUUAUAUAUUCCAUGUACAGGUACUGUAAACCUGCGAAACUGUGGUAUGUGGCACAUGAUGAACAGACGUCAACAUUUAGGUGUUCAUGUCAGCGGAUGGAGACCUUUGGACUUCCUUGUGAUCAUAUAAUAGGUCUGUUGGUGCAUUUGGACAUUGAUGUCAUCCCAAAAAGUUUAGUAUUGCAAAGAUGGUGUAAGUCAGCAAAAGAAUCUAUGAAGGGGAAUUCAGAAUCUGCUUUCAAAUUCUGGGAGUCAACCGUUUUGGCUAGGCUGGGUUCGUUGGUGAUGAGAAGUAGAGAAAUGUUUAACCUUGGAUGUGAAUCAAUGGAGGACUACCUGGAUACAGUUGAUGUCAUGGCUAAGCAUGUUGAGAAACUAAAGGCUAAGAAGGUUGAAAACAAGGGACCUGAUGAUGAGGACACAAAUAUUAAUGGUGUGGAUAUUAAAGGGAUUGAUGAAGUGAAAAAUCCGCAUGUAGUCAAGAGUGGCAGUUCAAGUGGCACCAAAAGGAAGUGUAGUGUUUGCAAGCAGGGGGGUCACAACAAAACCACAUGUCCAGAUAACAAAAGGCAGAAAGUUUCAGCUGUAAGUGGUCUAGGUGUGGAAGGUGGUCAUGCUUAA